AUGCGGAACCUCUCCAAGACUCUCCUGGCUCUUCUGGCCGCUGCUGCCGCUGUGGCCUCGUCCACACCUGGCUCCAGCGAUGGGAUUGUUGUGCGGCAGCCACUGCCCGAGCUCACUCAGCCAAUUUACCUAAAGCCGAGGCACGGGGACGACGACAUGCCACAUAGUAGCACCAUGUCUCCAGCUUCCAACUCAACUUCUCAUGUGGUUUCUAGCCACUCGCAUGGCCACGGAGAGCCUAAACUUGUGCUGAACGAAACUGAAAUCCUCGAGAAGUUUGGGUCCGACCCCUUGUCUUACUAUGCCCACGACUUUCAACUAGAGGGCGAGAAAGGUCUUGGAGGAUUGAUGAUUUUCCAUAUUGUGCUUAUGAGUUUGGCAUUCUUUGUCGUCCUUCCCUGUGCAAUCGUUUUGCGCUCUUCGAAGCACAAAGCUCACGGACUUGUCAAUGGUAUAUUUCUCGCGAUGACUGCCCUUGGCUUCGUUUCCGGUGCCGCAUACAAGAAAUUGUCCCCUGACCUGUACGAGGGAUCCGUCCAUGGCAAGGUCGGCAAUGUGCUCCUGUUUAUCGUGAACGUACUUGGGGUCAUCGAUGCGCUUCCACUUAUUCGUCGGUUCUACGACUUUGUACGCGCAGGGCCAUCUGAAUGGACCCCAUCUCGACUUUGGUAUUUCGUCUUGCGUGGACAGGAAGAAGGACCGUCCCGACGAUGGAUUGAUGACAACGAAGAAGAAAUCAAACUAACGACUGAUCCCGAAGAGAUUCAAAACUCACCUGUCGAAGCAAGUGUUGAUUCUGAACAUGCACACCGUGUGCACGAACGAUUAUUGCGAUUCAACACAGCAUCUGCUUGGGUCAACCAGGGUGAUGAGUCUCCCAAUGGCCACCACCAACGCGAAUUUGGCCGCAUUCAUGGGCAUGGAUCACCUAUGUCUCGUCAUUCAAUUGGCUCAGAAGCCACGUUGCAUGAGCUUGGCUCUCCUUCUCAACCAUGGCCAUUAUUCUCGUCUCCCAAGGCUGGAAUGCACGAGGCAGGCGUACAGAAAGGCUGGAGAGGUCGUAUCCAGCGUGCUGGACACUGGACCUUCAACACUACGGAGCGUAUUAUGAUUCCCUUUGCCUGGGGUGUAACUAUGGUCGGAGGAUGCGUUUAUACUGGUAUCUGCCGAGGGAGCUAUCUUAAUGGAUGUUUGGCACAUUUUAUCAAGGGCUCAAUCUUCUUCUGGUACGGAAUGCUCACCUGGGGUCGUUACCUUGGUGCAUGGUCGGACCGUGGCUGGGCAUGGAACCGCACAGCGUCCAAUCGGGUUUCAGCUGAAAUGGUCGAAUCUUUCGUUAUCUUCCUUUACGGAGCAACGAACACAUGGAUGGAGCGCUUUGGUGCGAAACCUGGUGCUCCAUACAGCACCAAGGAGAUCCAGCAUAUCAGUAUUGCCGUCAUGUUUUGGUUUGCUGGCUUAGUUGGAAUGGCCCUUGAAUCUCGCACUAUCCGUCGCCUCCUGUCCAACGCAUCGAUAAUCGGCAACCCUCGUGCACGCAGCCACCCAUUGACAGAGCCCCCAAGUUAUAGUGGAAGCUUCAAUCCUUUCCCGGCAAUCGUUAUUGGUGUCACUGGUGCAGCCAUGAGCGCUCAUCACCAAAACUACGUUUUCCAGGUUAAGAUCCACGAAUUGUGGGGCAACCUUCUUGUUGCCUUUGCUGUGAUGCGCUGCUUUACAUAUUUCUUUGUAUGGCUUCGCCCCGCAAGGUCUAUCCUCCCUUCGAGGCCUCCGACCGAGGCGAUUUCGAGCUUUUUCUUGACCGCAGGAGGUCUAGCAUUCAUUUCUAGCUCGGAGCCAAUCACCUUUGCUGCUAUGCGUAACGGCCGUGAUGAUGUUAUGAUGUUCCUCAACGCCAUAAUUGCAUUGGUUUCCCUCGCAUAUGUGAUCAAUCUAUCGGUUCUUACGCUUAAAGGAUGGGCGAUCGCUCGUGGCGAGUUGGCUGUUGUCGCUUCAGAUGACGAAGAAUUGGCGUAG